AUGGCUUCUCCUGGUAUUGAGCAGCACAAUGAGAGCUCGGUGGAGGUUUCCUCCCUUGAUGAAUCGAAGCUCUCCCAAUCUUCAAGUGAUUUGGAUGAAAAAUCGCCGGAGGAGCAAAUGAAGGAAAAAGCCCGAUCAGAGAAAGUUGAAGCGAUUUGUCAGGCAUGCAAUUCUCGUGACAUGGAGAGAUUAGUCGCCUAUGCUGUGAGCGAAGGUGGACUUUUGGAGGACGAGCUCCGACAAAAAGCGUGGCCUAUUCUUCUACAAUCCGACAGAGGUUCACAAAACGAUAGCCUGGUACCGUCAGAUGAACUCCCACCGCAUACCGAUGAGGAACAAGUUCAGUUGGACGUUAAUAGGUCAUUUGUCUACUAUCCAACUAAUCUUCCUGAAGAGGAUAUUGCCAAGAAGAAGGAGCAGUUGUCAGCCUUGAUCACCCAGGUCCUUCGGAAUUACCCUAUGCUCUGUUAUUUUCAGGGGUAUCAUGAUAUUGUGCAAGUAUUUUUCUUGGUCCUGGGGAAUCAACGAGCCGUAUCAGCCAUGGCCCAUAUCUCCCUUUUCCGCAUCAGAGAUUAUAUGCUUCAAACACUAUCCCCGGCUAUCAAACAUCUGCAACUCAUACCUGCAAUCAUCGAAACGGCUGAUCCCGCUUUGCGAAAACAUCUUGCUCAUAUCCAGCCAUUCUUUGCUCUUGCUGCCACACUUACCCUUUAUGCACAUGAUAUUCAGGAAUACAACGACAUUGCCCGGCUGUACGACUAUUUGUUAGCAAGGGAGCCGGUAGUGUCAAUCUACUUGUUUGCGGCAAUCAUUCUGUCCCGAAAGAAAGAGCUCUUGGAUAUUCCUCUGGAUGAGCCUGAGAUGCUCCAUUUCACUCUUUCCAAGCUUCCGCAGCCACUGGAUCUAGAUGGUCAUAUUCUACGUGCAGAGCAGCUCUUCAGGGAUCAUCCUCCCGAGACUUUGCCCUGUGGAAUGUGGAAAAGUAUCUCAAGAUACAGUGUACUCAAGACUUCGAGGGGCUCAUCUCCUAUCUAUACUGUUGAGGAGGCAAUGAGGCUAUUUGAAAAGCAAAACCGGCAAAUUCGCAAUGAGGAGCUUCGAAAGCAAGCCGUUGAUUUUGCAUGGAAACAUCGACGGACAGCUGGAUCCGUUGCGCUGGCUAUCUUGGUCGGUGCGGCAUCCUUUUAUCUCCGCAGAAAGGGGCUGGAUACUUCGAUAUGGUCCUUUAUUUGUCGAGUUCAAACUUUUUUUGUUUGA